AUGGGCACCUCCGUACCCCAUCCGACUCAGCGACGAUUCUCUUGUGAUGUCUGCAGAAAGAGCAAAUCACGAUGCCAACGGAUAAAACCCACCGAUGAGAAAUGUGCGAAAUGUACUAUGCUAGGGGCUCAGUGCGCCAUUGGGCAACAGAAGAUACCAGGGCGACCGCGACGAAAGAAGCCUGCAAAGACUUCGAUCCCGACCAGUCAGAAUCUAUCUGUCAAUGCAUCGACCCUACCGGUAUCUCCGCCUUUGAUGCAGCCAAACACUGUUUUCAACGAUGACUGGGGUCUAUGGGACAAAGCUGAACUUCUCUAUCCUUUACUUUCCCCUCCUGAGAAGCCCAGUACGACAACGAAAAAUGUGACUGCGACACCAUGCGGGUUCGUUGACGUCUUUCAUCAGUCAGAUACCUCGUGGACUACAAGCGGCGAUACAGAAUACUCAGAUACCCAAUUGUAUACCUACAUUGAUACAGUUUGGGACAUCUACAAAACCACCACAUCUCCAACAAUACCAUUGGCGAUCAACGGCAACUUCUGGCUAAGCAAUUGCUUAACUACGAACCACCCACGCAAUACCGAGCCCAGGGAUAUCAUGACCGAUUUAUCCACAAUCAACCUCGGCCUAUACACUCGACUCGAAGCAAUAAAGAAAAAUGGAAAGACCCUCGAUUUUGACAUGAUGGUAUCUCAAUAUGGUCCAUUGUUUAUCGACAAUAUUACCUUGGUAGAUUAUAUCAUUAAAGUCGCUCAAGUGUUUUUGUUUAUCAUAACGAAGCUUUACGAAGAACGACACUGCCCUAGUAUGCUCCAUAACUCACAACCGAUGGUGGUAUUCUGUCCAUGUCAACUGUCAUCACAAUUUAUAAAGCAACCAAAGAAACUAUUUCAGGUUUCAUUACCCCAGCCUACCGUCACCGCAGAACCACUGCCUUCCCCGAUUGCACUAAUUAUCGCAAGUGUCUUUAUACAACUCAUCACCAUCUACGAACUUAUUCUCCACAAUGUCGCCACAGUAGUCGAAAGACUUGCUAUCAAUCCCAUGGGACAUGUCCCAGUCCUUAUAGUCUGUGGGAGACAAUUGGAAAGACCUUGCACUCAGGGCAUGAUCUUUUGUGAAGUAUCAGUGAGUUUGAUUGAGAAUAUUGAGCGUGUCUUGGGCGUCCAGAGGACUUUGGAGGGUAAGGAAGUUGGUUUGUUAUCGCAAAGACAGGUGGAGGUCCUUAGGGAUGAACUUGAUGAAAGACGCGGUAUUAUACCUGGCCAUACUGCUAUGACGCCUGCCGUGCUACGGAAGCUCUUUGGACAGAUUGCAGUUAUUCUGAGACGUAUUGGAGAGUAG